AUGGGGUUCCCAUUUGGCUACCCCGAGCUCCCGAGGCUCCUCAUCCACCUGCUCUUCCUCUUACUCCACCUGAGAAGGCUUAUCAACCUGGUCUUCCACUCUCUUGGCCUCAGCAGCCUCCUGGGGUCCGAAACCCAGUGGAAUGACUCAGACAUCCACAGCUACCACCACCAAACAAGCCUUUACUCGCUUCCGGCCAAGUUGAUCCAGGAGAGCUUGCCAGUCGUCCAGUUCAAGGACCUACUCGCCGCGCAUCGCGGCCGCCACUGCUUUCCCGAGAGCUGCGCCGUGUGCCUCUAUGAGCUUGAGGGCGCCGACGAGGUCCGGCUGAUGAGCAAUUGCCGCCACGUCUUCCACCGGCGGUGCGUCGACCGGUGGUUGGAUCACGGACAGUGCACCUGCCCCAUGUGCCGAGCUCCCUUCUUCCGCGAGGAGGUCGGCAUUUCUGACGCCUCUUUCUCAUAUGACGAAGACCGCCACUACAUCAACUACUAA